GGGCUGGCUUGCUCGGCAAUGACUUGGGGCACAGGGGUGGGCCGACAUUACACACGAAGACACUGCUGCUCAAAGAUGCUCUUCGGUAUGUUGGAUUGAGGGGAGGGUAGGUUCUAAUUGGUGCUCAACUGUAAACACAACCAUUUCCACCAUGCAUACAUCUGCAACAUGAUUUWAWUUKAUUCUUUGAUUAGUUGGUGGACAGACUGCUAACACCUCACAGACARCUUAGAGUAGGACCAKUGUAUACUACCAUAWCUGGUUCUAUCUCAAGCUGCUGUAAGUGAACUAAUCAAUGGUAGGAUUAAAUUAUGUGUACAGUCAGUGAUAAUGUUGUUGACGACCGCUUGAAAUAGUAGCAUUUGGUUUCCUGCCGGACACAAACUAUUUUUAGAAAAUUAAGUGCCGGUCAAACAUAUGCUGUGGUAGGACUUCUCUAGAAGGUUCUAGUGCAGACAGUGUAUGCAUAGCUCAUGAGUGAAUCAAACAGCGCUGAGGGUAGAGUUGACGAUGGUAGACUAACACGAUCGAGAUCACGUAGGAUCCCGUACGUGUUUCAGUACCUGGACACCGAGACAGAGAGACGGCUUAGGGCCAAAGCUAUAGCCCGUGCUAGAGCAGCGAGCGUGAGGACAACAGCAGCUGUUGCACAAGAGUUAGCAGCAGCUAACGCAGCAGCAAGGCAAGCGGCGGCAGCAGCAAUGGCUACCGCGGCAGCAACCAAUGGUGCCACUUCGUCUGCCACUCAGUUGGGAAUGCCCACUGGGUCCGCGGGUAGUUCCAGUGUCGCAGGUUCUAGUCACUCCACCAGUCAAAUGGCGGGCUCGCAGUUAAGCCCAAUGACCCCACGCCAGCGGGAGUUGAGGGAACUCCAGCAAGUUGAAAGGAUUCGCACUAGGCUAGAGAGGGAACUGAAGGAAGCUGCUGAUAGAGAAAAGGAAAUUAGAGAUAGGACAGUCAGAUUGGAAACGGUAGAGGCCGACAAAACUGCACUAGAGAGGAUGGACUUCAUGGAGGACACUUUGGAUCAGAUAUUGGCUCAGUUGCAGCAGCUUGGACCAAGGCUGCCCGCAGUUGCAAGAUCGUCGCUCCCUAUGUCGACGAUGAUAGGCACCUACCCCCAUGCUGGCACACGACCAAGCGGUUCGUCAGCAGCAGCGCCUCAGACUGUUGCUUCUACUUCUUCCGGUCCUACGGUGGCAGCUACUCCACCACCACAACAGCAACCUGUUCCACCACAGGGACAGCAGCAAGGCCCAUGGUACCCAAAGACCCCAAUGAAACCACCUAUCGCCUUCUCUGGUGAGAAGAAGGACGAGGAGCUCAACACAUGGUUGAGAACGGUUCCAAUGUGGGUAAGGGCAAAAAGGACUUUGCAGGAGGAGGAGGAGAUCACUGCUUCAUCUUACCUUGAGGGUAAGGCAGCCAAAUGGCUAGACGGGAUCAUAGCGAAAGCUGGGUUUGGGAGACGCAUGGCAGAUUGGGCUAAGACCAUGACUUUAGAUGAGUUCAUAGACAUGGUAGAAGCUCGCUGGCAUAAUCCGCAGCAGGCCCAGAUUACCACUGACGCCAUAAUAAGACUAGACCAGCGACGGUACAAGUCCGUUAGGGAGCUUACGACUACCGUGGAGAAUCUCAUCGUAGUCCCAGGCAUUCGCUAUGAUGACCAGGUCUUAUUGACCAUGUUCGUGAGAUGUCUCCCAGAGAAUCUCAGAACACAGUUGGCCAGCGAGGCACACCUCGAGUAUCACACCUUUGAGUCCUCUAGAAAGGCCCUAGACUUAGAGGCUACUCUAGGAAGUGAUCAACCUACUACUCCAGUAGACGGAAAGAAGAAGAAGAGUCCACAGGAGUGGAAGAAGAAGGGGAGUCGACUUAUGAUGGUUGAGACCGACGUGACUCAAACCGAGGUUGAAGACCUUUCUGACCUGAUGGACACCACAGAGUAUGACGGCGAGGAAUCUGCUGAGGGUAGCACCAUUGCCGCGAUAGUAAAAGGAGUCAUCGAUAGGGAGGUUGUCCACGCCAUAGAAAUCAUUCCAGGGAGUAAAACCCCAAAGGGAAGGAUCUAUAGGAUGGCUCCUGCCGAGUUGGAUGAACUUCGGCGACAACUGAAAGAGCUGACAGAAAAGGGAUGGAUCCGGCCGAGUACUUCCCCCUACGGAUCUCCAGUGCUACUUGUACCGAAGAAGGGGGGUACAUUGAGGAUGUGCAUUGAUUACAGAGGCUUCAAUGCCAUCACAAUGAAGAACGCAGAGCCUCUACCCCGCAUAGAUGACCUAUUGGAUAGGGUGCAGGGAUGUAUUAGGCCGGAAGAUGCGAAGGUGGCUAGUAUCAGGGACUGGCCACGACCUCAUACUGUUACUGAGGUCAGAUCUUUCUUAGGAAUGUGCGGCUACUAUAGAAACUUCGUAAAAAACUAUUCCACAGCCGCCUCUCCUUUGGCUGAUCUAACUCGACUUGACACGCCGUGGGACUGGAGUGAUGAGUACGAGGCUGCUUUCAAACGAUUGAAGCAUGCACUUAUGAAUCAUGAGGUUCUCAUGGUGCCCGAUCCUCAGAAGCCAUUCAUAGUGACCACUGACGCAAGCCAAUACGACAUUGGCAGUGCUGGCUCAGCAGGAUGGGAAAAAGUUGAGACCGAUUGAGUAUAUGAGCAAAAAAAAGCCAUCAAAGAAACUGGCAAAGUCCACCUAUGAAAGGGAACUCU